UAGGAAUGAGGAGGAGGGGCAAAAGAGUAAAAAAAAGAAGGUCAACCUGAAACUCAACUAAUGUUAGAAGUGGAGAGAGUGAAAGUCGGUCAUCCAUUAAACAACUCAUCAUCCACUUCCAAACCUCUCUGUCUCUCUCUUUCUUGAAUUUCACUAGUAAUUUAAUACCUCCCACAGCCUCUAAUCUUUCUCUCUUCCACACUAAUCCAAACACUCAUUAAAAAAAAAAAAAAAAAAACACACACACACACACAGAAUACAAUCCAUCCGUUAUUUUCCCUUCUUUAUUUCUAGUUUGUUUUAGUUUUUUCGUUUAGGGUUCCAAUUUAUGAAUAAGAUCGAGUGAUCGCCAUCCAAACGACAAGCAGCACCGAAAGAUUUGUUUUUUCUUUGCUUGGCACUAGAAGUUGUAGCAUAAAGAAUAUCUUGCUAGUCAAUAUAGACCAGUAUGGAUCAGCAAGGCCGUGGGAAGACCUCCACAAUGGGCCUAUUUGGUAGUGCAGCAGCAGUUUCAUAUGGUGUAACCAGUUAUCAACCUACUCAAAUGGUAGGAUCCUCUGCUCCUGGGUCAGUUGCCUCAAUCCAAUCACCUAGCCAGCCAGCAGGUCUCCCUGCCUCCUCAGUUCAGUUAGCACAACACCAACUUGCUUAUCAGCAUAUCCACCAACAACAGCAACAGCAAUUGCAACAACAACUCCAGAGCUUUUGGACAAAUCAGUAUCAAGAAAUUGAGCAGACUACUGAUUUUAAGAAUCAUAGCCUACCAUUGGCGAGGAUUAAGAAGAUUAUGAAGGCAGAUGAGGAUGUGAGGAUGAUAUCAGCUGAAGCUCCGGUAGUAUUUGCUAGGGCCUGUGAAAUGUUCAUUCUAGAGUUGACACUGAGGUCGUGGAAUCACACGGAGGAAAAUAAGAGGAGGACCCUCCAGAAGAAUGACAUUGCAGCUGCAAUUACAAGGACUGAUAUAUUUGAUUUUCUGGUUGAUAUAGUCCCAAGAGAGGAUUUAAAAGAUGAGUUACUUGCAUCAGGUUCGAGAGUUGGAGGUCCAGCCGAUGGUCUUCCUUACUAUUACAUGCCACCACAGCUUGCUCAACAGGCUGGUGCUGCAGGUAUGACUGUUGGUAAGCCUGUCAUGGAUCAUGCCCUUUAUGGCCAACAGUCUCGCCCUUAUGCUGGUCAGCAGAUGUGGCCACAACAACAGCAGCAGCCACCUUCGGAUUCUUAAAAUGAGAUGCUAAUGGCUGCUUAUGAGCUGAAGGACAGUGCAAGUGAAUUGAUCAUCAUACCAUAGUAUGUGAUUGAAGUCUACAACAUAUUACUGCAUUUCUAUUGCAUUACAAUUUAAUUACCCCCCCUACAUGUAGUGUAACGGUCGGAGGAUGCCUGUUUUUUAGGCCCAUGGUCCCUUUUUUUUAACUUACAUCGUUAUCAUUUAGAUUGAGGAUUUGGAACUCAGGUGUUGUAAAGAAUUUGAAUUUCAUGGCCUUUUUUAUGUAAAUUCAAAGUUCUGUGGUUGCCUCUUGUUAUUCUACAAGUUAUAACAUGAUAUCGUCUCGUGGUCUGCCAAAACAUGUUUCUUAGACUCAUUUAUCACAAAUGCCAAAUCUGAAGCAUUAAAGAGAAGGGAAAAUGAUGAUCUUUUUUAGUAGUGUGACAAAAGUAGUUAUGUUGAAUACAUUGUACUUAUUGCAUGCAAUCAAUUUUCCUCGA